CUCGGCAGCUCGCCCAACAAGGCCGCCUCAACAACAGAGCCGUGCAGAGGCGCUAACGCCAGGGCGGUGCUCACGCCGAUGCUCUUUCCCGUCGCCGUCGCCCUCUUCGCCGCCGCAGCCUUUGCUCCGAGGCACGCCUCCGCGCUCACCCGCCAUGACUUCCCCGAGGGGUUCGUCUUCGGCGCAGGCACCUCGGCCUACCAGGUGGAAGGGGCUGUCGAGGAAGAUGGAAGGAAGCCAAGCAUCUGGGACACCUUCACCCAUCAAGGUUACUCUUACAACAAAUCCACCGCGGAUGUUUCAGCAGAUCAGUAUCAUCAUUACAAGGACGAUGUAAAACUUAUGCAUGAGAUGGGUUUAGACGCGUACAGGUUCUCCAUUGCAUGGCCCCGGCUUAUUCCAGAUGGAAGAGGAGAGAUCAAUCCGAAGGGCCUGGAGUACUACAAUAACUUAAUAGACGAACUGAUACGACACGGCAUACAACCUCAUGUCACAAUCUACCAUUUAGACCUCCCUCAGUCCCUUCAGGACGAAUACAACGGACUGCUCAGCCCCAGAUUCAUAGACGAUUACACCGCGUAUGCCGAAGCCUGCUUCGAGAGCUUCGGGGACAGGGUGAAGCACUGGGUCACCGUCAAUGAGCCCAACAUAGAGACCAUCGGAGGCUUCGACAACGGCCGGCUUCCACCGCAGCGCUGCUCCCAUCCCUUCGGCGAGAACUGCACCAGAGGGGAUUCUACGACGGAGCCGUAUGUAGCAGCCCACCACCUCCUGCUCGCACAUGCCUCGGCAGUGCGCCUGUAUAGAGACAAGUACCAGGCAACUCAAAGAGGACAGAUAGGAAUCACUCUCUUGGGCUGGUGGCAUGAGCCUGCUACCAACUCAUCGCAGGAUGCAGCUGCUGCAACGAGGAUGAACGACUUCCACAUUGGAUGGCCUUCUCUGCACAGGUUUAUGCAUCCUCUGGUGUAUGGGGACUACCCUACUGUGAUGAGGAGCAGGGCAGGAGCACGGUUGCCGAAUUUAACUGCAGAGCAGUCUAAGAAAUUGCGCGGAGCAUUCGACUUCAUCGGCUUCAAUCACUACCUCGUUGUUCGCGCACGAGCCGACGACAGCGCUUUCAAUCUGAAGCAGAGAGACUACUAUGCUGACGCAUCUGCCAUUGCAGAUCCAUUCGAAGAUAUACAAGCGGGAGGUCUUGAGUAUGCUCCUUGGGCUCUAGGGAAGCUACUGGACCACCUGAAACUCAAGUACGGAAAUCCUCCAAUCUUGAUCCAUGAAAACGGAUACUCAGACCCCCCCAAAAUCUCAGGAAAGAUCGUAUACGAGGACGACAACAGAUCAGAGUUCCUGCAAGAUUAUCUGGAAGUUCUCUAUCUGUCCAUAAGGAACGGAUCGGACGCGCGGGGAUACUUCGUGUGGUCUUUCCUCGACGUUUCCGAGUUCCUCUUCGGCUACCGUUCGCGUUUCGGUCUGUGUGGCGUCGACAUGAACAUCAAGGGGAGGACAAGGUACGUGAGGAACUCUGCCCGCUGGUACUCCGGCUUCCUCAAUGGCGGCGAGCUGCGGCCUUCCGGGAAAGCCUACACAGCUGCAUGACCUGGCUUUUUGGGUACUCCCAGGGGAGGAUUUCGGUGUGAUUUCAUUGUAGCAUAGCAAUGCUAACAUUCUUGCUAGUUCAAGCUAUUGUUUCAAUUCUAUCCUCUAUCUGUGUAUUUCUCUACCGGAUUAAACUGCGGACCUAAAUCAUACGUUUGGCAACUUGAAAAAAACAUGCGACCCGGAUGAGAUUA